AGCACAUAUUUUUUGUUUCGAAAGAUCCACCGGUGAAGAUCUACCGUACGUUACAAAAGAUGAAGAACUAUCGUGCUGUGAGGUCCGUGAAGAACUACCGUAGGUUACAAAAGAUGAAGAACUAACAUGCCGUGAACGUGAAGAAUUACCGCCCAUUAGAGAGAGAAGGGGAUGGAGGAGGGAGGAGAGCUGUAAGGAGAGAUAGCUGCUGAUUAUUUUGAAAACUUGUAUACUUUUAUUUAGGUUUUUAUUUUUAUUUAGGUUUGAAAUAUGGAUUGGCGCGGAUUUGCUUGGGCGUGCAGGCGGGCCGGGUAAUCGGGUUAGACCCGCCCCGGCCCUUUUGUUUUGGUUAAGCAAAUUAUUAUUAUUAUUAAUAAAAUAAACCAAUCUUUUUUGAGAAAAAGAAAAUCAGUAGGGUUUUCGCUGUCAGGCGUUAGGGUUUUAGAGGAUUUGAGGAUUUUGGGCGACGAAGAGAGAGAUGUUGAAGAGAAACGUGAGAUUGAGGAGAGAGUAUCUCUACCGGAAGAGCUUGGAAGGGAAAGAGCGCUUGCUCUACGAGAAGAAGCGCAAAAUUCGCGAAGCCUUGGAAGAGGGAAAGCCGAUUCCUACUGAGCUCAGGAACGAGGAGGCCGCCCUCCGCCAGGAAAUCGACCUUGAAGACGAACAAACCGCUGUUCCCCGAUCGAGCAUUGAUGAUGAAUAUGCAAAUGCAACUGUCAGUGAUCCUAAGAUUUUGCUUAUCACUUCGCGAGAUCCGAGUGCUCCCCUUGCGCAGUUUGUGAAGGAAUUGAAGUUUGUUUUUCCAAAUGCACAGCGAAUGAAUCGUGGUGGUCAGGUUAUCUCGGAAAUUAUUGAAACAUGCCGGUCACAUGAUUUUACCGAUGUGAUAUCAGUACACGAAAAUCGCGGCGUGCCAGAUGGCCUAGUUAUAAGCCAUCUACCUUUUGGCCCCACUGCAUACUUUCGAUUACACAAUGUGGUCACGAGACAUGAUAUCAAGGACAAGAAAGCUAUUGGAACAAUGCCUGAGGCUUACCCACAUUUGAUCAUUAACAACUUUAACUCUAAGCUUGGUCAGAGGACUGCAAACAUUUUAAAGCAUCUUUUUCCAGUUCCCAAACCAGAUACAAAGCGCAUAAUCACUUUUGCUCGUGAGCCUCAGUCGGAUUGGAUUUCAUUCAGGCAUCAUCUCUACGAGAAACGUGGAGGUCCUAAAUCAGUUGAUCUGAAAGAGAUUGGUCCCCGCUUUGAAAUGUUCCUUUUCAAGAUAAAACUAGGAACAAUGGAUCAAGACGAAGCUCCAACGGAAUGGGUCCAUCGGCCUUACAUGAACACCUCCAAAAAACGCAAGUUUCUUGGCGAAUGAACAGAGUCGUAGGGACAAGAAUCUUAUAAUAUUUGUUUGUUUGUUUCAUCAAUAUCAAGUUUUUCUUCAUUAAUUGAAUUCUCCAUGAAAUUGAUUCAACAUAUGUAUGUCAUGUCAUGAUUUUGAAGCAGGAAAUUUUGUAGCCUUUUCAAGGAAUGGAUUUCUGAAUC